GUUUUUUCAGAGGAAAAUGCAGGGCUUGUCCUUAACCCUGACGUCAGAUCUUGCUUUAAUAAAACCCCCCAAAGGCUGCGGGAAGAAGCAUAUCUGGUGCUCCUCAUGGGCCAGGCCAGUCUCGGCCCAGCUCCCCCGAGAGGUGGCCGGAUCCUCUGGGCUGCUCGGUCGAUGCCUUUGCCACUGACUUCCAGGCAUGAGGUGGUUCCUGCCCUGGACGCUGGCAGUGGUGACAGCAGCAGCUGCAGGCAGCGCCCUGGCCACGGCUCUCUCUCCAGCCCCCACAGCCAUGGCCUUCACCCCUGCACCACUGGAGGACAUGUACUCACGCCCCCAGUUCUGCAAGUGGCCAUGCGAGUGCCCGGCGUCCCCACCCCGAUGCCCGCUGGGGGUGAGCCUCAUCACCGACGGCUGUGAAUGCUGCAAGAUGUGCGCUCAGCAGCUCGGGGACAACUGCACAGAGGCCGCUGUCUGUGACCCCCACCGGGGCCUCUAUUGCGACUACAGUGGGGACCGCCCGAGGUACGCAAUAGGAGUGUGUGCACAGGUGGUCGGCGUGGGCUGCGUCCUGGACGGGGUGCGCUACAACAACGGCCAGUCCUUCCAGCCCAGCUGCAAGUACAACUGCACGUGCGUGGAUGGCGCAGUGGGCUGCACGCCGCUGUGCCUGCGCGCGCGCCCCCCUCGCCUCUGGUGCCACCGCCCCCGGCGCGUGAGCGUGCCCGGCCGCUGCUGCGAGCAGUGGGUGUGCGACGACGACGCCGCCACGAGGCCGCGUAAGACGGCGCCGCGCCACACGGGUGCCUUCGCGGCCGCGGCCGAGGGAGAGCCAUGGCACAGGAACUGCAUAGCCUUCACGAGCCCCUGGAGCCCCUGUUCCACCACCUGCGGCCUGGGGGUCUCCACUCGGAUCUCCAACGUCAAUGCCCGGUGCUGGCCUGAGCAGGAAAGCCGCCUCUGCAACCUGCGGCCGUGUGACGUGCACCUCCAUCCGCUCAUCAAGGAAGGGAAGAAGUGUUUGGCCGUGUACCAGCCGGAGGCGCCCGUGAACUUCACCCUCGCCGGCUGCGUCAGCACACGCUCCUACCGGCCCAAGUACUGUGGAGUCUGCUCGGACAACCGGUGUUGCAUCCCCUACAAGUCCAAGACCAUCGAUGUCUCCUUCCAGUGUCCGGAUGGGCCUGGCUUCUCCCGCCAGGUCCUGUGGAUCAACGCUUGCUUCUGCAACCUGAGCUGUAGGAAUCCCAAUGAUAUCUUUGCGGACUUGGAAUCCUACCCUGACUUCUCAGAAAUUGCCAAUUAGGCAAGCACAAAACAUGGGCCCUGGGGCCUGGCCCAAUGCUUGCAAAGCAGCCAGCCCUUUGAGGCCCACGGGUGAGCCUUCUUUUGUCCCCUUCCCUCUCAUUUCUAACUACUCUGAUCCAGACCCUUGGCGCCUGUCCUGUCUCUGACCACCCCAAUGACCCAUUAUGGUGCUGCUCGAGCCCAGGCCGUGGGUCCCUUCCUUGCCAGCAUUCUCCACCCAUGCCAAAGAAAGUGCCUGUCACCAGCUGUUCGGGACAAUACCCAAGCUUGACCCAGCCUGUCCAAGCCACUGGAAGUCCUGCUGGAUCUUGCACGAGUCCCAAAGAACAGAAUCAGCUAGACAUUUGGUGUCACUCAUUCUCUCUUUAGAUGCCAAACCACAAGACUCUUUGGGUCCAUCAGAAGCGUAGACGGGGUUUAGGGAUUUAGGACCAUGGAACAGUGUAUUGUUGGGGCCCUGCCAGGUGGCACUCUUAACAGACGGCCUGACCACAGUACAUCAUGUAUCUCUGAUUCCAAAGAUUCAUGCAUCCAAAGGUCACCAAACGUGUGCCAAGUAGGCGAAUGACGGUUUGGUUUUGUUUUUUAGUGGAAAAUUGUAUCCGUUAAUCUGGGCAUUGUCGAGGUUAAGUCUCUCUUUGCCUCUGCCCUGUGGAAAGUGCGAAUUGAGUGCAUCCCAGUCAGAGAUGCGAUUUGAUAAACUUUAUUCUUGUUUCUGGGGAAAGUCCCCAGUUGCUACUCCGGGGUCAGAGCAAGGCCAGCCAAUUUGCAGAAGGAGCAAUGGACCUACCAGCGAAUCUGCUGCUGACAGACAGGGAGUUGGGCAGUUGGCCGGGCUCUUCCUUGCAUCCAGAUCCUCUGCCUGCCUGGGGGUUCAUGGGACUUGAUGGAGCCCCUAGGACGGCCUCUCUGACCCGUGAAAGUGGUGUCCUGGGAUAUUCCCCUGCUCUUAAGCAGCCUUGGGGGAUGCAGCAGAAGCCCAGACCGGCCCCACCCGAAAUGACCAAGACAGCUCCAGGCUGGGCGUGGGACAAACAAAGAAGCGGGUCCACUCUGCAUGAGCCUGAGGUCGCAAGGGUGAAUGAGCCCAGGUCACGUCUCUUUCUGCCACAGUGACCCAUUUCACAGACUUUGGCUCUCCUGACCCAAAUAACCCAGUUCUGGUGUGAAGACAGAGGUUUACCAGUUGUCUAGGAAUAUACUUAACAGGGAUUAAAAGCCAAAAGGGGUUGAAGCUAAAAGGGAGAGAAGGUUGUUCCUAAUGGAAAUGAGGCUAUUAUUUAUUUUGUUAGUAAAGUAUAAAUAUUUACUGUUAUAAUUCUUUUAUUUAGUACCUCCUAUGUGCCGGACAUUGUUCUUAGUGCUUUCCAUACACUAGCUCAUGGAGACUUUGCUUCAUGUUGAAAGGUCCCCGUUAUUGUUUCUGUUCUUACAAAUGUGAAAUGGAAGCUCAGAGAGGUCAAGAAGUGGCCAGAGUCACCCAGCUGGUAAGCGGGGAGUCAGGAUUCAAAUCCAGGUUGGACUGACUUUAUAACCCAUUAUUUUUUCCUUACUUUUAGAGCUUCCAAAUGUGUCAAAGCAGAAAAACAUGUCAGAAUAGGGGACUUUUUGCUCUCUCUCUUCACUCUUAUUACUGUCUCUCUAAUUCCUUUCCCAAGAGAAAAAGAGCAUCUGACUUUCAGAUAAUUUAAGUGCCUGAGCAUCCAAAGAAUAUGGGAUGGACAAAAAUCCAUGAAUACCCUAUAGAUUGUCCCUUCCUUCAAGUCAGAACCAGCUCGAGCCAGCCCUGAUGGUCUAGCGGUUAAAGUUCGGUCCGCUCCCCUUGAGCGGCCUGGGUUUGGUUCCCGGGUGUGGAACCACACCACUCAUCUUUCAGUAGCCAUGCUGUGACAGUGGGUCACA